AUGGAGCUGCAAUCGUUUUUUUCAUGGUUUCUUGGUCUAUUUGUUGUCUUGCUCUCAUCUGUACCUGGAAUACUUGCUGUGCCGGGUUCAUUCUCUGAGACACAUCGCCCAGACUGGUCAAAAAUCCAUUCGCGAUUUGCGUCUCGCUCUCAAAAAAACUCGACACAGGAUAAGUACCUCAUUGGUACCGGGAAAGCGGACAUCACAGGACCGGCGGCCGAUAUCAUCCUUACCGGCUAUGCAAACCUCGAGCAGGUCGGCGGCGGUAUUCGGCAGAGGUUGUUCAGCCGAGCUUUUAUUAUUGGUGAUGUGAACAACCCCGAAGACAGGAUUGUCUAUGUCGUUCUUGAUAAUCUGGUCGGAGAUACGGCUAUCCGCUUUGGGGUUUUGGAUGCGCUCAAAGGCAUGGGAGCCCCCUAUUCCGUCUAUGGCCAGACCAACGUUGCACUUGCGGCAGCACAUAGCCAUUCCGCGCCGGGUGGUUGGAACAACUACUUGGUUCCUCAAAUUCCGUGCUUGGGGUUCACCGAAGAAAGUUAUCAGGCCAUUGUUGACGGUGCGGUGCUGUCCAUCAAACGAGCACAUGAAAGUCUUGAAGAGGGAUACCUUGAUGUCGGCACCACUGAGAUUACGGAUGCCUCCAUAAAUAGAUCACAAUGGUCCUAUUUGCAAAAUCCUGCCGCCGAACGAGCCAGUCAAGCAAACCUCGGAGAUGCCACCCCCAAUGUAGAGGGGGCUUGGUGUGAAGACGGAUCUGGCAAACAGUGUGAUUUUGAGAACGCAACAUGUGCAGAUGGAACUGUUGCAAAAUGUCAAGGCCGUGGUCCUCACUGGCAAGUUCAAGACCAAGGCGCAAGCAGCUGCCAUGAGAUUGCACUCCGCCAACUGAGGGGUGUGAAAGAGAUUCUGACUUCCAUGUCCAAAUCCUCCACUCCUGUUCAGGGGCCCACGGUUAAGUCGUUUCACUUCUUCCACAAUAUGGAAUAUUGGGAAUUCACAUUACCGAAUGGGAAGGCUGCCAUGACUUGCCCUGCCGCACUUGGGUACGCCUUUGCCGCCGGGACGACGGAUGGCCGAGGCGAAUUUGACUUUGUUCAAGGGGACAACGGUAAACCACACAACCGUGAGUGGGACUUUCUUACGCACCUCAUCAAGAAUCCAUCCCAGCGUCAAACAGACUGCCAAAAGCCCAAGCACAUAUUUCUCAGUGCAGGAGAGCUUAAAGACCCGUAUGAAUGGGAACCAAGCAUCGUGGAUGUCAUGAUGUUUCGAGUCGGUCAGCUGGUCAUGAUCCUAAGCCCCAGUGAGGUUACCACGAUGAGUGGCCGGCGGUGGAGGGAAGCCGUUGGGAAACAGGCAACUUCAUUUGUUGAUGACCCAAUUGUCGUUCUUGGCAGCCCGGCCAAUACCUAUGCGCACUACGUCGCGACGCCCGAGGAGUACGAUGUUCAGCGUUAUGAAGGCGCUUCGACACUCUUUGGCCGUAAUGAACUCGACGCUUAUAUCAAUCUCACAGUCAGCAAUAUGCAUUACUUGAAGCCCAACGCGACAGAAAAGCCGGAUCAGGGAAUUUUGCCACCCGAUAAUAGAAAGAAGUCAUUUGAUUUUGUGUCGCCUGUGAUAUACGACACAGCGCCUCCCCUCAGACCGUUUGGCCAGGUCUUGAAGCAGCCCCAAGCCGGGUACAAGCGUGGCGAUACAGUCAAGGCAAGUUUUCAAGGGGCGAAUCCACGGAAUAAUCUGCGCCUCGAGGGAACUUUCGCGGCGGUUGAGAAGCAGGGCGGGGACGGGACAUGGAGCCAAGUCGUCGACGAUGCGGACUGGUAUCUCGUGUAUACGUGGCGGCGCACAAGCACUCUCCUAGGAUAUAGCGAGGUCGACUUUACGUGGGAUACGUCGGGGAACGCUGUACCAGGAAGAUAUCGAUUCAAGUACUACGGCGAUGCUAAGAAGCCCGGUUUGGGCAUUGAAGCGUUCACUGGAACUAGUAAUGCAUUCGAGAUCAGUUAG